GCUAGGCUACCGAGGCCCUCGCGGAAAGCUGUGGCUGGUGAGCUCCCUGAGCGCUUCCUCUGCCUGGUGCGCGGCGGGUCCUCUAGCGCGGGCCGUGCCCUGCGCCUCGAUCAAGCUCCUCUGCCGCGGCAGGCGCCGUGCCCCACCCUGCUGCUCCGGACGAGCCGGGCCUCGGAGGCGGUCGCACCCUUCCUCUAUCUUCGUAGGAAAUCUCCACACCCCCUCCGCGACUCUUCGAGAACCUGCGCUUCGCCACCUUCUGGACCAGGAAGUCCUGAAAUCCCGAAUUCCAUGUUCAGAGCCCACUCUCCAGGUCCUUGACCUUUCGUUCCCAUCUACCGCGAGACGACUCCUCUGGAUCCUUCAUCCCCUUUUCUCUCACUUUCCUGCGGCGUCCUGGUGGGGGGCCUCUCCCUUAACUGGGAGAAGGAAGCAUGGGACCAGCAGAGGUCCAGGCACCUCGGGAGAAGGAUGCUGGAAGACACGCCGCCCUCCCCAACUCUUCAGCCUCUCCUGUGUAAUCAGCUGCCCUUUUGGAAACUGGGUAGCGGUUGUGCCUGGCUGCCCGUGUCACUGACUGGUCUUCAGCAUACCAUGCAGAGGUAACAUGUUCCCAGCAUUGGAAACCGAGCUAAAGCAGAAGAUUCUUCCUGAUCCUUACGAAGACUUUAUGUACCAUCACCUCCAGUACUAUGGCUAUUUUAAAGCUCAGAGAGGCAGUUUACCAAACUCUGCUACGCACCAGCACGUUUGGAAGAAUAAUAAUCCUCGAUACCUACUGAGUGGCUCUUUGGGAAAAAGAGAUGAUUUGAUACUGGACCCGUUGCAAAAGGAGAAGCGUCUAUGGCCUAGCUGUCUAUCUUCAGCUGUGCACAGACAGAUGGAAGCUGUGAACAGAGAUUCUCUUAUGUUGAGUUCACCACUUCUUAAGAGCAGACAGCUUCUUCACGAUGAGUUUGGCAAAGUAAACCUGCGUCUUCGAGAACCCCGAGGUCUCUUUGCCUUUUUCUCUGGCAGCGGGCCACUGCAGGCUCCAAGGUGGCCAGUGGAAUGUGAGGUCAUCAAGGAGAACAUUCAUCACAUUGAGUGGGUUCCACCUCAACCAGAACAUUUCUAUCAACCUACGGGAAGUGAAAAGAUACCAGAAAUUGUAGGAGAGGAAGGAGGCACAGUUGUCUAUCAGUUAGAUUCAGUGCCCACGGAGGAUUCCUAUUUCACCCGUUCCAGAGUGGGAGGCAAACGAGGGGUUAUCAAGGAACUCGCUGUCACCUUGCAAGGACCAGAAGAUAAUACUCUACUGUUCGAAUCGAGGUUUGAGAGUGGGAACCUGCAAAAAGCUGUCAGAGUAGACACCUACACGUAUGAACUCACCUUGCGAACUGACCUCUACACAAGAAAGCACACGCAGUGGUUUUACUUUCGAGUUCAGAACACCAGAAAGGAUGCCACCUACCGCUUCACCAUCGUCAACUUGCUAAAGCCCAAGAGCCUUUAUACUGUCGGGAUGAAGCCUCUCUUUUAUUCCCAAUUGGAUGCCAAAACCCACAGCAUCGGCUGGAGGAGGGAAGGAGAUGAAAUCAAGUACUACAGGAACAACUCGGAUGAUGGGCAGCAGCCCUUGUACUGUCUCACGUGGACCAUUCAGUUUCCACAUGACCAGGACACCUGCUUCUUUGCACACUUCUACCCUUAUACGUACACCGACUUGCAGUGCUACCUACUGUCGGUGACAAACAACCCUGUCCAGUCUCAGUUCUGCAAACUCCGAACUUUAUGCCAGAGCCUAGCAGGAAACACCGUCUACCUGCUCACCAUCACCAACCCAGCCCGCACCCCUCAAGAGGCAGCUGCGAAGAAAGCUGUGGUCUUGAGUGCCAGAGUGCACCCCGGGGAAAGUAACGGCUCCUGGAUCAUGAAGGGCUUUUUGGACUUCAUCCUGAGCAAAUCCCCAGACGCCCAGCUCCUCAGAGAUACCUUUAUCUUCAAAGUGGUUCCCAUGUUAAAUCCAGACGGGGUGAUCGUGGGGAAUUAUCGGUGUUCGCUGGCCGGAAGGGACUUGAACAGGCAUUAUAAAACCAUUCUGAAGGAGUCUUUCCCCUGCGUCUGGCACACCAGGAACAUGAUCAAGAGACUUCUUGAAGAAAGGGAGGUUCUCUUGUAUUGUGAUUUCCAUGGCCACAGCCGUAAGAAUAAUAUCUUCCUGUAUGGCUGCAAUAACAACGAUCGCAAAUUCUGGCUUCAUGAGCGAGUCUUUCCUUUAAUGUUAAGCAAAAAUGCACCAGAUAAGUUCUCUUUUCAUAGUUGUAAUUUUAAGGUGCAAAAGUGCAAAGAAGGAACAGGACGUGUUGUGAUGUGGCGGAUGGGAAUCCUAAACAGCUAUACCAUGGAGUCUACCUUCGGCGGGUCCACCCUGGGCAAUAAAAGAGACACUCACUUCACCACUGAGGAUCUAAAAUCCCUAGGUUAUCAUGUCUGUGACACCCUUCUGGAUUUCUGUGAUCCUGACCGAACCAAGUUCAUGCAGUGUCUAGCAGAGCUUAAGGCGCUCUUACAACAGGAAAUCCAUAAGAAAUUCAAAGAUACGGAUUUAGAAGGAAGUUGGAGUGACAUCUCUUUGUCUGACAUUGAAUCCAGCACCAGUGGUUCUGACAGCUCCCUCUCAGACGGCCUCCCUGUUCACCUACUGAACAUAGCAAAUGAGUUGAAUCAGAAGAAGAAGAAGAUGUAUAAGAAGAAAAAACGGAAGCCACUUCAGUCUAGGAAACAGCGAAAUAUACAGUAUCAGAAAAAUAAGUUGAUGCAGGAGUCAGAGUUAACAGAAGAGGCCCCAGGAAUGGCAGGGUUUGCAUCUACUCUGCAAAAGCAGCCUGCUUUUUUGAAAAAUUCAAAGAAUACCAGUUCUUCAAUGAUGAAAAAUGAAAAACCAAGGUUGAGUGAGUCACAGGCAAAUGGAAGAGACAGAGGCACCUCCCUGGACCCAUCAGAAAUGACCACCUUGAUGUUGACUAAAAACAAGGAGAGAAUGCAGAGAGAGAAGCCAGGAUUUGCAGUAUCAUGCUCUCUGAAGAGAAGCACAAACUCCAGCCAAGAGCCAGCUCCAGAUAUGAAGCCAAACUGGUCCAGAAACAGAUACCCUGCCACAAAGAGAGGCCACACGGCCACAGUGGCAUACCCAUCCUUGCACAUAUACACCUACCCGUAGGGAGCCUGGGCCACGCCACACGGGCACUUCCUCGCUGUGUUUUGGGUUAGAUAUGUUUUGUAAGGAGAAAGGAAAGGGGUUGUGUGCUAGGGAACUGUGUUCAUUUGUGGUGUACUAUGUUGUGUGUUCAUCAUGCACUGUCCUCACACCAUGCACUUACACUGCACAUGGGCUCUCAAGAUGUACACCUCAUGAAUUAAAAUUUCAUUUUAUGAAAAAAUAGUUUACUGCAAUGUAUAAAAAGGCUUCCCUUAUCAGAAAUUGAAGAGUGUGCUCAUGAAACUAUAACACAGAUAUACCUCAGUUUAACCAAUAGGUAGUCUCUCAAAAAUUAUGUGCAAGUCAAUUUUAAAAGAUCAAACUGUGUUUUAAACAUAUUCUGGGAGUUUGCUGUCUUAAAAAGUCUUGUGUCAAAGCUUUCUAGCAAUCAAUGAUCACUCAGGCUGGGGUAUUUCAGGUUUGCUGAGGAUGAGGUGUUCGCACAUAGAGAAAACCGCUCAAGUAUUAUUACCUGGAUGGAAUUCAAUGUUGCAUGUAUUAUGUUCAACAUGGUUAUGUAAUUUUUUUAACCCAUUGAUUAAAAUUCUUUCUCUCCUACAAAUUGUCCCCUUUGGUUGGUUAACUGCAUAAUCUUAUGUGAAUAGAUAUGUUAGAUUUUACAUCCCUCACAAGCACCAAGCACCAAGCACCAUCUGCCAGCUACAGCCUGUCACGUCCACAUGCUAGAGUCAUGUUGAAGGAUGGUCACUCCAGUUCAUGCCAGGCCUCCUAUUUUGAUUUUACCUUCUUCCUUUCACAUUGGAUUGAGAGUUUCCUAGUAUGUUUUUCGUUAUCACUUUUAAACCCUUUCAGCCACCACCAUUACCUGGCUGACUCGAGAUUAGAACCAAAUGGCAACACUUUUUAAUCCCAGGGUCUGUAUCUUUUUUUUUUUUAAUAGACUUUAUUUUGAGAACAGUUUUAGAUUUACAGAGAAAUUGAGGAGAUGGUACAGAGAGCUCCCACACACUGCCCACCUUCCCCCCACCCCCCGCCAUCCCUCACACACACUGUGGGAAUCUUUUUAAAGGGAGUAUCUGCCCACACUCUUUACAAAGGAGUUUGCAAAUGACCUAUUCCACACCUUACCCCUAAAACUAUUAGCAUUUUAAGUAUCUAGAAAGCACCCAGCCAAAAGCCCACUUUUUAUUCCUAAAAGGCUAUCUUUAAAGGACAAAUCCCAAAACAAAACUGUGAGGGCAAACCUUGUUUGAAAGUUGUUCAGAAAUACUUGUUUUUGCUCCAGAUAAUUUUGGAGGAAGUUUAGAAAAAGCACCCCAGUGUGAUAUUUUUGGAAUCAAAAAUCAGACUACAUGAUCAGAUUAUUUUUUAAGUGCUUUUUGAGAGCAAAAAGCUUCUUGAGAGAUGCGGUUUGGCUCCUAAGAUAUCAGAGGGGCAAAGAGGAGAGAAUGCUACGCAGUCCAGGCACAGCCUCCACACCCAGUAACUGCUGAAAGGCCAUGGCUGUGGAACCCAGUCAGCCCUGUAAAGGGGUAGCUGUUUGCUUUCUUUAGAAAAGGUGGGCAAGUUUUCCUGUGUGGAUUAGGAAAGGGUGCCCCACAGGGAAUUUACAUGCUGCAGCAUUGAAGCCAGUGUGCCCAUCAUUCUCAUUCUGCUUCAGUAGGAGGCUGAGAGAGGGGCUUCUGGCAAGAAACUUUAAAAUGGUAAACAAAGGUAAUUAACUCUAACUGUGUGAAUGUGAUAAAUCUCAGGCUGCACGAGAAACAACCCAAAGCAUCUUCAGAGGGAACCGUGAGAAUGAAAUCAGAGAAAAAUAACAUUUUAGUCGGAUGAGAAGACAAGAUCAACUGUACUUUGAACGGUUGUUGACAAAGGUUAAGAAUAUGGGGGAAAUAAUGUACUUUAUACUGUCUUAUUUUUUAGA